CACCUGUCUUGAGGAUGCGAAGCCGGGGCGCUGCCCGCCCCCUGACGGACGGACGGGAGGAGGCAAGAGGGAAGAAACGAUGCGCAAAAUGGAGCGGCGGGGCCGGGAGCCGGGCAGGGCGCACGGGAGGUAGCCGAGCUGGAAGGAGGACUGAGAGCAGAAGUACUGCGGAUCAGCCUGUCAUGGAGGGAACCAGGCAAACCAGGAUUUGUCGUCCACACAAGAUAAGUGAAUCCUCAAAGGUGUACAGAUGGGAUGACCACUCUAGUCUAGUUCUUCAGAGCCUGAACGAGCAGAGGCACCGCGGCCUCUUCUGUGACAUUGUCCUCGUGGUGGAUGAACAGAGAGUCCCUGCCCAUCGGAACCUCCUCGCUGUUUGCAGUGACUACUUCAACUCUAUGUUCACCAUUGGUAUGCGAGAAGCCCACCAAAAAGAGGUUGAACUUUUUGGAGCCUCUUACAUCGGUCUGAAGGCUGUGGUGGAUUUCCUUUAUGGCAGUGAGCUGUCUUUAGAUGGAGGCAAUAUCGACUACGUGCUCGAAACAGCUCACCUGCUGCAGAUCUGGAAGGUGGUUGACUUCUGUUGCGAGUAUCUGGAGAACGAAGUCAGCGAGGAGAACUAUUUGUACCUGCAGGAGCUAGCCUCUAUUUACAACCUGAAGCGCCUUGACUCCUACAUUGAUUCUUUCAUCUUGCAGAACUUCGGCACCCUGUCUUUCACCCCGGACUUCCUGCAGAACAUUUCCUUGCAGAAGUUGUGUCAAUACCUGGACAGCAGCAACGUGCAGCAGGAGUGUGAGCACGACUUGCUGCAAGCUGCCUUGCAGUGGCUUACCCAGUACCCGGAAAGGGAGAACGAGGCUUACCAGGUUCUCGAUAACAUUCAUUUUCCCUUGAUACCUAAAAGUGAUCUCCUCCAUCGAGUCAAGCCUGCUGUCUGCUCUCUUCUUCCCAAAGAAGCAAACUGUGAGGGGUUUAUAGAGGAGGCGGUGAACUAUCAUAAUAACGUCACGGCUCAGCCGGUGCUGCAGAACAAACGCACAGCCCUGCGGACCUGCGAGGAAAGGCUCCUCUUUGUGGGUGGGGAGGUUUCCGAACGGUGCCUGGAACUGAGCGAUGAUACCUGCUUCUUGGACAUCAGAAAGGGGCAGUGGGUGGCAGAAACCCCUCUGCCAGCCAGACGAAGUCACCACUGUGUUGCAGUCUUGGGAGGCUUCAUCUUCAUAGCCGGAGGCAGCUUUUCAAGAGACAAUGGAGGGGAUGCAGCUUCCAAUCUCCUAUAUAGGUAUGAUCCCCGCUGUAACCAGUGGAUAAAGGUUGCCUCCAUGAGACAACGCCGUGUAGAUUUCUACCUGGGAGCUAUUACCGACAUGCUGGUAGCUGUUGGUGGCAGGAAUGAAAAUGGGGCACUUUCUUCAGUUGAGACCUACAGUCCUCAGAAGGAUUCGUGGUCCUAUAUAGCAGGCUUGCCCAGGUUUACCUACGGCCAUGCUGGAACAGUCUACAAGGAAUUUGUGUACAUUUCAGGAGGCCAUGAUUACCAAAUUGGCCCCUAUAGAAAAAACCUGCUGUGUUAUGAUUACCGCACGGAUGUCUGGGAGGAGAAGAGGCCAAUGAUCACUGCCCGAGGGUGGCACAGCAUGUGCACCUUACAGGACAAUAUCUACUCCAUCGGUGGCAGUGAUGACAACAUAGAAACCAUGGCUCGUUUUGACAUUCUGAGUGUGGAGUCGUACAGCCCUCAAUGUAACCAGUGGACCAGAGUUGCUCCUCUGCUGCAAGCAAACAGUGAGUCAGGGGUGGCAGUUUGGGAAGGCAAGAUUUAUAUCCUCGGAGGCUACAGCUGGGAAGAAACAGUCUUCUCCAAAACAGUCCAGGUUUAUGAUAAGGAGAAAAAUAAGUGGUACAAAGGAACUGACCUACCCAAAGCAAUUGCUGGUGUGUCUGCGUGUGUCUGUGCGUUGAAACCCAAAACAGAGGACAAAAAGAAAAAGACGAAAACAAAAAAACAUCAAGAUCGAGGAAGAUGACUACUUCUGGAAAACCACCCUUUGAUGGUGGACUCCAAAAGAGCCUUGUGUUUAAUCAUUUCUAUCUAACCUUGAUUCUUUCUUUUCCUUUUUAAAUGGGGGGGAAGCAUAUUCUGAAGCCUCAGAAAUGUACAGUUGAAUGUGUUUUUUGCAUUAAGCUCAUGUUUAAGGUAAAAACAACGAAAGAAACCAAAAAAAACCAACCCCUCCUACUAUAUAAGGGGAGAUAUGGCAAGAGAGGUUAUGCCGCUCUCCUGAAUGUUAAGGCUUAGUCUUUUACUUCUGUGGUUCGUGGCAUUUCCACAUAUAUCGUAUUAUAUCAACAUUUUUAAAAUAAGGUUGAAUCUGUGGCCAAGAUGAUAAUGUCAAGGGGUAGGAGGCAGAGUAGUCAGUGUCUGGUUUGAAGUUACAGAGCAGUUCAAAGGAGUUCAGAAGCAACUGCUAAGAAAAAAUGAAAUGGAUCUUCGAUGUUGUAAAUCUUGAAUUUUUAUAACGUUAAAUUUCAUUUACAAUACAUUCUUGAGCUGUUAGUAUCAGAUUUCUGGAAUGUGAGAGUUCAAAGAGAAUAUUACUUUUGGUGAAUGCAGGUCAGAUCAGCUUGAAGAGCGAAUAACUCCACUGUACUCCUAAGAUUAAGAAGACCUUAUUGUGUGGCUAAAGAAUAGAUGGGAUUGACCUGGGCUUGGAUUGAUAGCAUUGGGAACGUUGAAAUCUGGGAAAGGUGAGAUGUCUUUUGCAUCCCUUGUUGUGGCACUUUUCAUAUCCAAACGCAAUAGCGAGUUUUUCCUGGGCUUUAAAACAUGCCCCGGAAGGAGGGGGGGAAAAAAAAAAUCUAUCAAAGAACUUGAAAGAAGAUUUGAGGAUUUGGAUGGAAACUGUGCAAUUUGCCUUGGGCUUCAAAGCGGAUGGAACUGAUAGAGCUCACUGCAAGUUUGGGGUUUGCUGAAUAGGGCAACAGCGGGGAGAAAUGGCGGGAGGAUCCUGCAGGUGAACUUGAAGCAAGAAGAUAUCCCUCCCCAGCUCUACCAGGCUGUAGAAGCUGGGAUCCACUUCAUUUAAUUCAAGCCUCACAGUGGUCACUGCUAAUAGCCAGUGUGAGCAGGGGCCUGUACGAGACUUGUCUACUAUCAAAAAGCUUAUUAACUGAGGAUGAUUAAUUGGGGUUCGGUAUUCUGGAAGAAAAGCAACUUGUUUUUUUACCUGAGCUAAUAGCUCACACUUUCCUCCUCUUACUUUUUUUGUUUUCAAGUUCACAAUGUCUUUUCAUCAGAGUAGCCUUUUCUGAUGGAUUUGGCUGGGACUCAAAGCCACGGCUCAUCAGGCAUGCAACCGAACACCUUCCCCAGCGAGACAGGCUCAAAAGGAGGAAACCCAAAAUAUACUCAGGACUGUGUUUGGGAUCCAGACAGUGGGACUGAACUGAAAAUUGUCUGUUAGAUCCUCUGUGUCACAGUAUCCUCCGCAUACCAAGUAAAGAGAUUUCUGACCCAAGUGUUAGUCCACCCUCUACAAACACAGCUGAUUCUACUGCAGAUAUUAAAAUUCCCCGACUGUCUGGCCAGCUUUCAGGCAUUCACCCUGGGGCAUUUUACAAAUGCACCUCUGAUUUGCAAGAAGUCGAUCACCAGCAAUCUGAUACAACCACUUCAGUUAUUGUAAUAAUGCCAGGCCACAGGUUAAUAUUCCUCCUUCCCAAAAGAAGAAAUUUUUAGAAAGUUUUUAAAAACAACUUUUAUACUUUUUUAUAACACGUUUUGCUAACUCAGUCUCUUGUUUGCCAUAUAUUAUAUUAUUUAGUAUAGAAGCUACUGCUCUGUAAUUGUGACCCCGUUGUUGCCGUCAGGAGCUCAUCAUUUGACGGAUCUUUUAGUCUUUGUGUAGUUGGUCGGGAUGCGACGCAGCUGUUAGAGCAGCAUUUACAUUCUCAGCAUUGUCAGGCAGUCAGCUAUAAUUGUGACUAUUGUACGGCCUCUUCCCCGAUAGUCCAGCUCGCCAGACAUGCUAAUAAACACGCUUUAUUUUCAGCUAUUGGUGAUCUGCUGAGUGGAUUUCAAGGGCUUUGGUUUAAAGUUCUGCUGGGGAACCGUUGAUUGUUGCUGUUAUUUCUUCCUCAAUCCUUCUUUCACAUCUCCCUUAUGCACCAUAACCAUGUAUUUCACGUUUGCCUUUUUUUUUCCCCAUCUGGUAUACAUAUAGUUGGGAUCCUGCUACCCGCCUUUUUUUUUUUUUUUUUUUAACUAUUUACCUCAAUAAUUGGAAAACACUAAGAAAACAUUUUUGCACUUAAUUUCAUUUGAAGCUCUUGUAAAUUAAAGAACUCUUAGAUAUAUUGGAAGAACAUGUUUGUAUUGAAAGAGGUACCUCUGAAUAAAUUUCUGGAGUGCAAGAAAGCUACAGGUUUCUUCUUCAGUGCUAAGAAAGAAUUUAAGAAAACUAGUUGAAAUUAAUUUUGUGAAACUCCUUGAGGUUUUUUUUUGGUUUGCCUUUUUUUUUUUUUUUUUUUUUUUUUAAAGCCCCAGGAGUUAGUCGUUCAUUUGCAUUAAUGGAUUUGUUUUAAAGCCUUUGUACACUGCAUGAGGUAAUGGUUAUUCUUUUUUAUCCUAAAAAUAAAUUAAAAAAAACCCCAACAAACACAAAACCAAAACAUUUUGGUUAUGACAAACUCAUUAAUGAGUUCUUCGGGUUUUUUUUGUAUCUGAAAUCCUUGCUAUGUUGACUGACAACUACUUAACUUUUUGGGACAUUUUCAUGUGUAAGUAUAGAACGAAAAUUUCAAGGACUUGCUUUGUUUCUGUUAAUGGGUUGCUUGUUACUAUAUCCCCCCUUUUAAUGUGUUUAUGUAUUACAUUAAUGUCUGGAAACAAUAAAUCCAGUUUAGAAUAUUGUAUUCA